CGCCGUCCCCCCGCGAUGGCGGCGUUCGCGCGGCGCAAGGCGCAGCAGCUCGCGCGUCCCGACCCCAGCCGGAAGCGCGCGCUGGACGCGCGAGCCGCGGAGCUCGUGCGGCUCCUGAACGCGCGCGAGCGCUUCUGCACCACGAGCUCGUGUGACGGGAGGGUCACGGUGACGGACACGGACGGCACGGGGACCCAGAAGGAGAACUGCACCUGGCUCCUGGUAACGCAUGACCCGUGUGUCAAAGGUGAUGUGAUGACAGCACUAGAGAAAGCCACUGGUGAUGUUGUGUUCAAGUUUGAACCGUUUGUUCUUCACGUGCUGUGUCGGGAGCUGCAGGACGCACAGCUGCUGCAUUCAGUGGCUAUUGACUCUGGGUUCAGGAACUCUGGUAUUACAGUUGGCAGAGGAGGAAAAAUUACGAUGGCUGUGCGGAGCACUCACUGCUUAGAAGUUCCGUUGAGCCGCAAAGGGAGAUUGAUGGUCUCUGAAGAAUAUAUUGAAUUUCUGGUACAUGUAGCCAAUCAGAAAAUGGAAGAGAACAUAAGGAGGAUUGACAGGUUCCACAAAGGCUUGGAGCUGGCUCUGGAAGCUGCAGACACCCUGUUUCCCAAGGGGGCAGAGAAGAGCCGGUCUGUGUACGUGCGCAGGAGAAAGAGACGGACUGCUCAGGAGCAGGCUGAUCCCAGCAGAGAGCUGGAACCCCAGGAUGACACUGAAAGCACUCUUGAUCUGUUUGCUGAAAUCAUGAUAUAGACUAAGACAUUUGAAAGCAAAUGGUGAACUGAAAAAUGAUUGUAAAGCUCCUUCUAAGAGGUUUAUAUACUCCUAUGCUCCAGGUAGUAAUACUUCCAUGGACAUUGACCAGAAAAAAAGGUAAUUAACAGAAUAGCAAGCAGGUGUAAUUACAGGACACAGAGAACAAAGCUGUAGGAUGUUUUGGGAGUUUUUUAGGUGUACUGUUGAAUUAACAAUGUGGUACUCCAUCAGUUAUCCCAGAAAUAACUGGUUUGCUGCAGCCUCAUGCCGUGUUCUCUGUGGCAGCAUUUCACUUCCAGCUCCCUGGGUUUUGCAGAGCCAGCUGGCUCUGUGGGUUUCUCCUUCAGGGAGGGGAAGAGGUGCUGCGGACAAACACUGAAGACUGAAGACAAUCCACUGAAGACAGCCAAUACCUGAGGUGGAAAUUCCACAGAAACCUUCCAAAGCAGCGCUGCGUGCACCGGUCUCAGACCUCCUGUGCGUUUGGGCAGACUGGUUAAAGUAUGACUCAACCCAGGGGCAUAAUUUCUAGCAGUGCAGAGCUGCUGGCCAGGAGCUGUGUGAACAGCACUGGAGUCCCACGGCCCCUGGGGCAGCAGGCAGGUGGUGGGAGCAGCCAAGGCUCCCACAGUGGGGACAUGGCUUCUGCCACAGGCAUCACUGGAGCAUUGUUGGGAUGCUGGCUUGUGUCACACCUUUGCAGUCACUGUUUGCCACAGACCUUCCUCACCACUCUGAGGCUCAGCUGCCUGUCUGGGCUGAAAUGAAACCUCAGGGUUUCCAUCAGCAAAAAGCAACAUCUGCCUCCAUGCAGAGGGUCCUCCCCAACCCUCUUUAAGGGCUGCUGCCUUAGCAGAGCCCUGGAGAGCCUCUGUUGCCAUCCCUGCUGCUGGGAGUCCGCUAUUCCUGCAGAUCCCUCUUCUCCAUCUGGGGGCACAUCUCGCACACAGAGGAGGUAGUUGUUGCUUGUGGAUUUCAGGCAGUUUGUUCAGAAUAGUCUGAACCCUCCUCUGCAUCUGACAUUUCUUAAAAUGUCUGGUGCUGCUCUGUUGGACGUGGCUCGAGGGACUGAACACCAGCACCGACCACAGGCCGUGCCCACAGACCCUGCAACCGCCCAGCCCUCGCCCCGUGUAACAGCACUACAGUAUUUGCAUUCUGAGGAAUACAGUUUGCCAGAAACUGAUGUGUUCCUCUGAAAAAUGAUAAAAAAUUCAGGAAGACUUUUUGGCAUCUUAACAUAAAAAUGUUACCCUAA